AUGAACGUAUGCUUUGUCUUGGAGCAGCCGGUGCACGCCGCUAGUGGAGGCAUGGAAUCACUAGACCGAUUCAAGGAGAUGAUGCGAGAUCAUGAGCUGUCGAGGGUUUCGGAGUCCGGGGACAACACCGGCUACAAGAAGGUCAAGAAGAAGAUUGUGAAGAGGGAGACAGAUGAGGCCUGGGGCAAGCAGAAGGUGACCGGCACCACGGCCGUGAAGGAGACGCAGACUCGGCACUUUAUCAACCUGACCUGCUGCAUGCUGAGGCAGUACACUCCACACUAUGCCCGAGAAGUUCUCCGAUGUUGGACAGCCGCUUGUGACCAGGCUUGUGCGGGCUGUGAAGAGGCGGCCGGCUCCAGUGAUGUUUUCAUUCAUAACGACACCGGCGCCUACGAUGCAAACGAACAAAUUUCCCUGCUCUUCCAGCAGCCGAUAGACUGGCAUGAGGACGGGACUGCCACGACUCCAGAACUGUGCACGGCCCCGCCCCCCCCUGCUGUUGUCGCUCCAGAAGUGACAGUGGUGGCACCGGCACCUGCUGCUCCCAGCACGUCACCCGCCGCCCCGCAGAGGUUAGACUCCAGCCGCUCUGUUUUGAGUGUGACGACAGCCGCGGAGGAUGUGGCCAUGGAUCGAGAACUGGACAGGCUGGUCAACCUGGCACCUGCGACCCCGCCGAACCCACUUCGUGCCGAGUCCAAGCUGACACACGCAGCAUCCUUUGAGGAUGCAACCCUGGCGGGUCGUGUUUCCAAGGAAGAUGACUACGCCUUGCCGGUCUUGAGUGAAGCAGAGAAAGCCAGGUACGGCAACUUCUGGCAGCGCUACCGGUCCACGAGCUCUGUUAGCCUUGCUGAGAGUGACGGAGGAACAGACCGUGCGAGCCCGGGGACACCAAGCCCGGCGACACCGACCCCGAGUCCGGCCACACUGCUGACGGCUCUGACGGCGACUCAGCUAGCGACAGGCGGACCGACUGCCACGACAGCGGAGACGCUUCCGGCGACUGCAGAAGAGCUCGCGAACGCAGGACGACCGACAGUUCCGACUCCAACGACGUUGCCUGCAACAGCAGCCCCAGCGACAGCUGUGCCAGUGCCCCUGGAGGCCCGCCUGACAGUUCCGACUCCUACUGCCGCUGAGCCCGACAGUUCCGACUUCUACGUUGCCUGCAGCAGCAACAGCACCCGUGCCAGCAGCAGUGGUGGUGAGCCCAACAGCAGUUCCGACUCCGCCUGCGCCAGCAGCACCUGUGCCAACACCAGUGCCGGUGAGCCCGACAGUUCCGACUACUUCUACGUUGCCUGCACCAGCAGCACCCGUGCCAACAGCAGUGGUGGUGAGCCCGACAGUUCCGACUUCUACGUUGCCUGCACCAGCAAGACCUUCUACGUUGCCUGCACCAGCAGCACCCGUGCCAGCAGCGGUGGUGACGAGCCCGACAGUUCCGACUUCUACGUUGCCUGCACCAGCAACACCUUCUACGUUGCCUGCGCCAGCAGCACCUGUGCCAGCAGCAGUGGUGGUGAGCCCGACAGUUCCGACUUCUACGUUGCCUGUGCCAACAAGACCUUCUACGUUGCCUGCACCAGCAGCACCGGUGCCAGCAGCAGUGGUGGUGAGCCCGGCAGUUCCGACUUCUACGUUGCCUGCACCAGCAACACCUUCUACCUUGCCUGCGCCAGCAGCACCUGUGCCAGCAGCAGUGGUGGUGAGCCCAACAGUUCCGACUUCUACGUUGCCUGCGCCAGCAACACCUUCUACCUUGCCUGCGCCAGCAGCACCUGUGCCAGCAGCAGUGGUGGUGAGCCCAACAGUUCCGACUUCUACGUUGCCUGCGCCAACAACACCUUCUACGUUGCCUGCACCAGCAGCACCCGUGCCAGCAGCAGUGGUGGUGAGCCCGACAGUUCCGACUUCUACGUUGCCUGCGCCAGCAACACCCUUGCCAGCAGCAGUGGUGGUGAGCCCGACAGUUCCGACUUCUACGUUGCCUGCGCCAGCAACACCCUUGCCAGCAGCAGUGGUGGUGAGUCACCGCCUGCACCUCCCUCUGCUGCAACAGCGACAGUUCCCAGCACUCCGCCUGCAGAUGAUGCAAUGACAAGCCUGCUAGCGACGGUGCUGGCUCAGACUCUGCAGAAUGGAUCUUCGUUGUCUGCGGAGCAGAUCCAGAUGCUCCAGGGCACCAUGAGUCAGCUGCUGAACGCGAGUGCUGCUGAGAAGGCAGCAGCGCCAACAGCAGAGCAACAGCAGCAGCAGCAGGUUGCGGGCGAGGCCCCCGGCCAAACAGUGAGCGCAAAUCCGCUUCCAGCAGCUGCCCAGGUUGCGAGCGAGGCCCCUGGCCAAGCAGUGAGCGCAAAUCCGCCUCCAGCACCUGCCGGCGAGGCCCCUGGCCCAGCAGUGAGCGCAAAUCCACCUCUAGCACUUGUCCAGGCUCAGCCAUUGCCAAAGGGAGCAUCGGCGGUGGCAGCAGCAGGGGAUGUGGCACCGCCAUCCUCAUUGCCGCCACCAGCACCAGGUGCCCCGCCUCCACCUGCUGCACCGAUCAAGCUGGAGGUGAACAGUUCCACCCAUCCGAAGGAAUACCGGGCCUUUGGACGCUUCUGUGAGACAUCAAAGGGUGCAGAUGAAAUGAAGAAGGUUUGGGUGCAGGGCGGACCCCGUCGGAUGGCUGUGUUCGCACAGUUCGUGGCCAGUGGCUGUCACUGGGAUGGUGAUCCUCUUGCUAUGGAGGCGGCUCUCCGCUUCAAGCGGCAACGCGAAGAGGAAGACCGUGACGAGGGUGAAUAUUAUCGCUGGAGCGAUAUCCUGGCCUUUCACUCGAACGACGCCGACAAAGCGACGCUUGAUGAGAUUGCGGUUGAGCUGGGUGUGUCCCCUUCGUACGCGGCGAGCGUUGCGGCGAUGCUGGAUGGCCAGAAUGGGCCGGCGGCUUUGACAGCACCGACAACGGCACUCCCGGCACCUGCGUCGACCAGUGGCAGCCCUUCUGUGCCAGACUCCCCGCUGGAAAGUGCUGCUGCGGCAAAGGCUAGCGCAAAAGCAGGAGCAAAAAACAAGGCCAACGACGGCUCGCAGCAGUCCAACCCGAAGAAGCAGCGACUGCCGAAGCCGGAGGGAUCGGAGCUGGAAGUCCACGUGUGCACGGAAGACGUGGGCGCCUUCGUUGCCAACUGGUGCACAGCUGCCAACUCGGCCCAGGGUCAAGCCGUGAAGUUGUGCGGGGAGUUGGAAUCUCUGGACUUCCAGGACUCCCUGAUCGCCAAGCUGAAGGAUGCAUCCGAAGGCCUCAAUCAGUGCCGGAAGCAGCUCCAAGCGCUCGGCACAGCUCCGGUUGCAGCUGAUGUCCAGACUGUGUUGCUGACUGUUCCUUGUCGGUAG